CAAGGAGGCUGGGGAGGAAAUGCAAGAGAGGGCUCACACUACAGCAAAGGCAAGACACACCCUGCAAGUUCUCAGGAACAUGGGGGGGGAUGGGGGGUGGCGGGGGAUGGGGAGGGAUGAUGACAACUUGGGGCAGACUUAGGCCCUGCCUCAACAUGAAAGCUAGGAGAAUAUGUGUCAUCGGUGUUAAUUUCUCCUUACCAAUAGAUAUGGGAGCAUGCGAGUUACACAUGCAACAGAGUGCAUGGAGUCCCUACAUGUGCCACCACUGUGCAGUGACUGGUACCGCCAAGGUGGAUGUGGAACAGGUUUCUCCCCAGCCCAGAGCUUUUGCUCCCUUGCAUGGAUGUCCUCCCACAUUUCUCACACUCUCCUUGUUAAUAUCAUCUGUUGGUGCCCCGCCACUCAAUCCUGAUGACCCUGGCAACUGCCCACAGGCAGUUUAUGUCCAGCUGAGAAGACAAAUCUAACGUCUCUCUUCCCCUGCUGGAGUGGGGCUCCCUGAGAGCAGGGACUAUCCUGUUUUUGCUUGUCCUUGUCUCCACCCUCAGGGCUUGGCAUAAAACAGGCAAUUAAUAGGUACUGGACGGCUGAGGCUGACAGGAACAGGCAACAGGGGAUUUUAACCAAACUAGAAGGAUGAGGAAGGCUCAAAAAAAUGGCAUGUCAGCCAAGAUAGGAAGAGUGGGUGGAAGUAAAUGAGACUAGAGGAGGGUGGUGUGGGGAGGAAAGCAGCUCCCAGGCAGAAGCAGUAGCAAUAUGUGUGAAGGCUCUGAGGGAGCAGGGAACAUAGCUGGUCGGUGAAACUGACAAAAGUGAACUGAAGCAGAGUGCAGAGAGCUGGGAGAGAGGCAAGGUUGAAGAGAUGGCAGGUCAAAGGCCUUUGAAACCACAUUAUGGACAUUGACUCUAUUCUAGGGAACACAGGAAGCCACUGAAGGGUUUUAAGUAGAGCGCAUGAUCUAAAUAUGCAUAUUUGUAUUGUUAAGAGGUCAUCUGGAAUUGAUGUGGUGGCUGGGUUGUAGGGACCAAAGGUGGAAGCAGUGAGACAAAUAAGGAGAUGUGGAAGUCUGAGAGAGAGGAUGGUGGCUGGAAUAGGGUUAUGGCACGGAGAUGAAUGAGGAAGAGGAAUCAAGAGUGACUCCCAGGUUUUGGGUUUGAACAACUGGUGGAUAAUGGUGGCACUUACUGAGAUAGGAAACACUGAAGGAGAAACAUGUUUGAGAGGAGCAGGGAGGAUGAUCAAUUCUGUUUUUGCUGUGCUGAGUGUGAGAUGCCUGUAAGCAUCUUGAUUUUACAUCUGGGUGGGGAAUUUUAUAUCUGGGUGAGGAAUUUCAUAUCUUGGUAUGCAUCUUUGGAGAAAGAUCCAGAUAAGAGAUGCAAAUACGAAAGUGGUCUGCAUUUAGAUGGCACCUGAGGCCCCGUGAGUUGGUGAGAUGGCUGGGGAAGACUAUAGACUGAGGAAGGCAGAAGGCCUUUGACCAAGCACCAAGGAACUCUCAAUGUGUAAAGACUGAGCAGGAAGAGUCUAGUUCCAAACCUGGGCUGAUCAUUAGAAUCACCUGGGAAACUUUAAAAAUGUGUAUCUGUUGGAGGAAUGGGACUACAUAACUUAUAUUGUGAAAAACCUGUAGUAGGAUUAGAAACCACAUGGUAGAAGAAGACUGCCGAAGAGAGGACAAGUGGUUAGGAAAGAGGACAGUAAAAAGAUGGCGGUGUCCCAAAUCCCAAGGGAAAGAUUUUAGGAAGAAAGGGAUCAGACAAGAUCAGAACUGAGUUUAGCAACGGGAAGCCAGAUGGUGGUGCACCCACUUGUCUGACUUCUUGAAAGCAGGAAAUUGGUAUUUGAACUCAAUAACCAUUUACUAAGGGAUUACAGGAAGCAGCCCAGCAGAGUGCCCUGUGCUAAAUGCUCUCAGAGAAGAGUGCACAGGGUGGGGCUACGGGAGGGGCAGGGAAAGCAGGGUGCAUCAGAUGGCAGAAAGCUUUUCAUGGCAAGUACCAUCUGAACUGAGGCAAAGGGGUUAAGCAUUCCCAGCAGAGGAAAUAAUGGAAGCAAAAUAUGAUGAGUUAAGAGAAGAAUACACUUUAGGAAACAGUCCUUCGCUGGAGCACAGGGAAUUAAGUGUUUGGAAUGAAGCAAGGAAAGGGGGCAGAGCCCAGGUCUGAGGGACCUUAUACGCCAAGGUAAAAAGUUCUUUGGAUUUCACCUUGAAGGUCCGUGAAGAAUAUAAGAAAGUAAGCGACAUGAUUAGAUUUGUGAUUUAGAUAGCCCACUCUGGCAGCCAGUGUGAAGGAGGGACUGGGAUUAGAGAGGAUUAGGAAAAGAUGGAGGCCCAAAUCUCCAUCAGAAGGCUGUUGCAGGGAUGCAGAUGAGGGGAGAUGGAUUCACCAGGGUAGAAGUGAGCUGAGGGGCUGGCCGACCGGAAUGGGAGGAGGGUAGGAUAGUAGAGAGAGUGGGCCUAGGUUCAAUAUCUGGUUUCUGGCUUAGGUGACUGGCUGGUUAGAGUUGUCAGUUACUGGGAUAAGGGAUAAGGAAGACUAGAUUUAGGUGAGGACUGGGUGGAGACUGCGGCCCAGAAGAGAACAUUUCAACACUGGUAGGUCAUUCCUUUCUCCAAAGGAGAAAAGAUGUCAGUUACAUUAUUGCAUUUCCCUAACUGUUCUCUCUCACCUGAGUCAUUCUAAAGCCUAUUUCCUUCAAAUAUCCAGAUCCAUAUAUGCCACUUUCCUGUAUUAGAACACAGUAGCUUCAACUAGUUACUGCAGCGGGUUCAUUCAUUUAUUAAUUACUUCACUAACAAAAAAUACUUAGAACGUACCAAUGAUUUGCAAGGUACUGUGAACCUAGCAAAGAAAAGUGAGCAAACACAACUGGCCUUCCCCUCAUAGAGCUUACAUUCUAGCAGAAGCCAAAAAAGACAUUAACCGACCAAUUAUAAACCAUGUGGUUUAUGUCGUAAAGCUUCUGAAGUAGAGUAGCAUGUGGCAAAUAACAAUGGGGACGGACUGUUCCACCGAAGUUCAUGAAUAGGUUUUGGCAGAUCUACGAACUCCCUGAAAUCUGUACGUAAAAUUUUGUGUAUGCCCGUAAACAUUCAGGGGUGCGUGUGGGGGGAGGGGCUUACACGCUCACAGGGGUUUUUGAGCCCUAAAAGUUGAGGAAUCACUCUACUCUUCAAGUCCCUUUGGGCACCACUGAUUCACAAACUGCUUCCGUGCGAGAAGGCAGUGACCAAGUAGAAUGCUAGCAGCUUGGCGGUCUGUCUAGUCCACUGAGAAUGAUCCUAAGUUUACUCUUACAGACAUCAAAAGUGAUUAAUCUUCCGACUUAACGUGAGAAAAGGCAACAUAGUUAUUAAUUUUUAAAAACCCGGUUAUUAGAAAAAGAUCGCGAGAUGUUCUAUUCCUCAACCACUGGGGAUUUCCAACCACGUGCCUAGGCUCCCGGCGCGGAGCAGCAGGACGCCGCCCCGUGUCACCUUCCCGCCCGGAAAGGACCCACAGCUCCGAGCUCCGCCUUUUACUCUCGGCCGAGAGAAGUCAGCCAAUGCUUUGCGAGUCCAGGCCGGGUUUUCAAGCAUCAAGACGGAAGCAACGGGAGCCGCCAGUUCCAGGGCCUGCACAGGGAAAGCAGUGGGGAGUGGGGGGAGGUGGCAGACUCAGGGUAGGAAUGGCGGCUCAAAUUCCCAUUGUGGCCACCCCUUCCACUCCAGGGAUAGCUCGGAACAGCAAGAAGAGGCCCGCCAGUCCUUCCCACAACGGCAGCAGCGCCGGGGGAUAUAGCGCCAGUAAGAAGAAAAAAGUGUCUGCCUCUAGCUUUGCGCAGGGUAUCAGCAUGGAAGCCAUGAGUGAGAAUAAAAUGGUGCCCUCUGAUUUUAGCACAGGACCUAUGGAAAAGGCUGCCAAACCUUUGCCAUUUAAGGAUCCCAACUUUGUGCACUCUGGCCAUGGUGGUGCGGUAGCUGGCAAGAAGAAUAGAACCUGGAAGAACCUGAAACAAAUUCUCGCUGCUGAGAGGGCGUUGCCAUGGCAACUGAACGAUCCUAACUACUUCAGUAUUGAUGCUCCUCCAUCCUUUAAACCAGCUAAGAAGUAUUCUGAUGUUUCAGGACUUCUUGCCAACUACACUGACCCCCAGAGCAAGCUGCGGUUCAGCACCAUCGAAGAGUUUUCUUACAUUCGGAGGCUGCCGUCUGAUGUUGUCACUGGCUACCUAGCCCUGAGAAAGGCCACAAGCAUCGUACCCUGAGCCUUGAGAAACGGAGAUGAAGUGGAAAACUGUUUCAAAGGCAGACUUUGGACUCAUGAUUCUGUUUCAUGGAAACAAACUCAUUCUGCUGUCAAUCUGGAAAUGUCAGUGCCAUGCCUUGGAAAGAAUGUUUGGCUUUAAUUUAAGGUUUUGCUUUUUUUUUUUUUCUAUGUUUUCCCUCUAAGUGUGAUAUUUCCUGUUGAAUUAAAUUAUAUUUCAUUUGUUG